GUCCAUGUCGACAGCAGUAUAUUGAUUUUGUCAGAAUAUCUGUCUGAGCUAUAAUAAAAGAUGUUGGUAUUGAAGAACGCUGCACGUGUCACCCUGUUAGCCUUAGUGAUUACGACUGAAGUAAUGACAGCCCCAUCUACAAACGAAACGCUUCCCGGAAAACCAUUGACUGAUGUGGGGGCAUUUCUCAACAAACCUUAUCUUGUUCUUGCUGGGGAAGUUAUCAAUAAUUUGGCGCGUAAAUUUAGUGAUGAUAUCGGUAAUGUGGAUAAAGGCAUGGAGUCUCAAAUCGGCAAUGUAACGUCUCAAAUGGGCAAUGUGAAAAAAGACUUGGAGUCCCAAAUUGGCAAUGUCGCAAAAGAUCUCCGUUCAGAAAUGGCCGAUGUAGCAAAAGAAAUAUGCCGCCUACAUCCCUGUACUGAAUGGAGUAAAUGGAAUCAUUGUGGUUUUACUUACGUUAAAGGAUACGGCAAUUUCGGAAGGCAGAAUCGUACCAGAAACUGUGGCUUUAAUACAACUCUUUGUAAACGGUUUAGUGCAUAUCAAAACAUAGAAGUUGAAUUUCGCACUUGUAACACGUGCAAGGAAGACUAUACUGUAACUGAACAUGGACACUGUAUCAAAUUCGUGAGCACUAAAACUACUCAAAGCACAGCGGCAAAAAGUUGCCAGGCUUAUGGAGGAAAUCUGGUCAAUAUAAAUUCUGAGAUGAAGUUUAAAGAUGUGACCAAUUUUGUAACGGAAAGAAGUAUAUAUCCUAUUUUCUGGAUAGAUGGUCGUAGAGCUUCAUCACACAGUAAAUGGGAGUUUACAACGCAACCAAAACAUCACUCCUUUAAUCACUGGUAUCCCGGUAGACCUCAAAAUGACCUAUGUUUGCUUUUGAUACAUUCUGGAUCAGGAAGUUCAAGAAAAUAUUAUAUACAAGAUUACGGAUGUUCUAAUAAACAGUCAUUUAUGUGCGAAGUGAUUUUAUGAAUAUAAUUAUAUUUCGUUACAAUGGUCUAAAAAUUAACCAAGAAGGAUUAAUUCAAAUCAGUCUGAUUUUACUUAAAGAAAAUAACUACUCAUGUAUAAACCGAAAGUAACUUUUGUUUGUGUUAUAUAAUAAUGUAACCACCAAUUAUCUGUUAUAUGCAUUUAUAUGUAUUUCUUCUUAUCGGUACAUAUUCAUCUCUUUUUACUGCUUCCUGUUCCACGUGCACAAUUUUUAUCCGAAAGAAAGGAAACGUGUAUUACUAGUGUAAUCUGGGAGAUAGUUAUGCCUUUUUGGCUGAAUAUACAUGUAGCAUAAUUAUAGAGGUUCGUCACGACAACUGUUUUCUAUCCCAACGCUGACGUUUUCUGGAUUCAAACAAUUUACAUAGACCUAUAUAUAUUUACUAGUAACUCCUCUCAUAAAAAAUGUUUUUAAUUAAUAAUUGUCUAUUAAUUUUCCUAACUGAUGGCGUCCGAUGAGAGAAAUGAAAUUUUAGUACCGGCAACGUUAAUAUAUUUUAGCAAUUUUAUGCAGGUUAUAUAAUUAUGUCUAAUUUGAAGAAUGGAUAUUGAUCAAAUUUUAACAUAUUUUAAAUGUUGUUUGUUAUACAGAAUAAAUAUAUCAAAUA